GUGCUCUUCAAGAAAGACAAGCGAAAGCUGCGGAAGAAAUACGGUGGCAGCUUACUCGCUGAUACGGAGAAGAGCACUAAGCAAGGAGGUCGUGGCGGUAGCGGUGGUGGUCAAGAGGCACAGCUGAUGGCGGAGAUCAAGAAGACCCGCAUGCGAAACAACGCCUCUGGGGCAACGGCUCUGCAAACACGUGUAGCUGGUUCGCAUGCACGCAUUCCUGGCACCAGUAUUCAUUUGGAGAAGUUUAGUCGUUCGCGCAAAGGCGUCAACGUGAUUCGUGGGGACUACGGUAGAGACUUUGCCACUUUGAACGACGAUCUUAGAGCCGACGCACAGAGGAGAGCUCUCGAGACCAGAGCAUUGAGGAAAGCAGCGAGCGAACGUGAAGGUGAAAAACUAGCAGCUCAGAUAGCGAGUCUAAAUUUAACAAGACUGACCACGUCUGGAACUGGAGGUGUUGCUUCAACAAGGACAGGAAGUAGGGAACUUGCUUCAAGAUCAACCACAAGGGACCACAAGCGUGGUGUUCAUACCGAAGGCCGUCAUACAAUGUCCGCGGCGCCUGGUGAUGAAGGAGACACCGACGAAAAGUCCUCUCCAUCGCUUCGUUCUCCAUCGCUUCGUUCUCCCAGUCCUAAGACAAGUAGAAAGAAUUCGACGUCGUCACCUUCAGUUUCUUCACCAUCAACGCCACGCGCUCUGAAGAUGAGUCGGAGUCGUUCUAUCAGCAGACAAAGUAGUGGAGGUGUUACUAGCGAAGCAGAUGAUAGCAAGUCGUCCUCGCCAGUGCGACAGAUUGAUGUAGGCAGC